AUGUUCAAGCACGCCGCCGUCUCGCUCCGCCGCCCGCUCGCGCGCGGCUUCUCGUCGUCCACUGCCCGCGCCUCGUACGAGGACACGAUCAAGAACCUGCUCAUCAACAAGGACUCCCGCGUCAUCUGCCAGGGCUUCACCGGCAAGACCGGCACCUUCCACUGCCAGCAGGCCCUCGAAUACGGCACCAAGCUCGUUGGCGGUGUCUCGCCCAAGAAGGCCGGUCAGACCCACCUCGGCCUCCCCGUCUUCGGCUCGGUCAAGGAGGCCGUGCGUGAGACCAAGCCGCACGCUUCCGUCCUCUACGUCCCUCCCCCCGGCGCCGCAGACGCCAUUAUCGAGGCCAUCGAGAACGAGGUGCCCCUCAUCGUCGCCAUCACCGAGGGCAUCCCCCAGAAGGACGAGAUCCGCGUCGCCGCCGCCCUCCGCUCGCAGUCCAAAUCGCGCCUCGUGGGCCCCAACUGCCCCGGUGUGAUCAACCCUGAAGGCUGCAAGAUCGGCAUCAUGCCCGGCUCCAUCCACACCCCCGGCCGCAUCGGCAUCGUCUCCCGCUCCGGCACCCUCACCUACGAGGCCGUCAACCAGACUACCCAGGUCGGCCUCGGCCAGUCCCUCUGCGUCGGCAUCGGCGGCGACCCCUUCCCGGGCUCCACCACCCUCGACCUCGUCAAGCUCCUCCUCGACCACGACAAGUCCGAGGGCAUCGUCCUCAUCGGAGAGAUCGGCGGCUCCAUGGAGGAGGACGCCGCCGAGUACCUCGCCAAGUACAACAAGACCCGCGCCAACCCCAAGCCCGUCGUCGCAUUCAUCGCAGGACGAACCGCACCUCCAGGAAGGCGUAUGGGCCACGCGCACGUUGGAGCCAUCGUCGCGGGUGGCAAGGGCGGUGCGGAGGACAAGGUCAAGGCGCUCACGGAUGCCGGUGCCAUUGUGGCGGACUCGCCCGCCAAGAUCGGUGCGCUUAUGCUCGAGGCCAUGAAGAAGGCUGGUCUGGCUUAA